UAAGAUUAUUUUUACCAUGAACCGAAUACGAAACCAAACCAGUUGCUAAAAAACAGCCAAAAUAUAUUUUUCCCAUUCAAUCGUUGAUUUAUCUAACCGAACAUAAUCACUGAGCACUUUUUUUUGGGUCUUAGGCCUAAUUAUUAUUAAUUUGUUUUACAACUAUCGACUUUAAGCAAAUCCUAUUUAUUUGAAUAGAAAUAUAUACAUCAAAGUUAGCCACUUUAGUGGGCUUAACCCCUUUCGAUCAUAUGUUGGCCACAGGGUAUAAUUGGAGCUUAUGCGCAAAAGGUAAACCUCAUAAAAUAAAAACAAAAACACGUCAUUACGCAUAUUGUUAUUAUGAUUGUUGUUGUUGUUGUUGUUAUUGUCAUUGGCCUUGUUGUUGUUGUUGCUGAUCGAAAGUUUUCGGCAUUCUUUGUAAGCGCGGAAGUUCGUAACGCGUCGCCGGGUUUUCGGUUUCAGUUUCAGUUGAGGCCGCGACGUGCAGCACUCAAGUUGACCAACAAGUGAAGAGGCAAACAAACCCAAAAGUAUCCAAAAUUAAAGCCGAAUUUCACUUUAUGCUUUUCGGGAUCAAAUCAAGUAAAGGUUUCAUUUGAUAACAAUGCAACGUCGCUUAUUGUUCGCAUUGGGCUUGUGCCUGCUCAUCAGUAGGACGCAGGCGCAGCUCAUUGGUGGCGAGGAGGAUGAGGAGGAGGAAGAAGAGGAGGAGGAGGAGGAGAGCAUCGAAGAUGAGACGCCCGAGGAGAAGCUGCAGCGCAAAAACAUCAAGCAAGACUCAAACCUAAGUGUGGAUAAAUUAAUUGCCAAGUACGGCUACCAGGCGGAAGUGCAUCAUGUGACCACAGACGAUGGCUACAUUCUAACAAUGCAUCGUAUACGGAAUUUGGGCGCCCAGCCCUUUCUGCUCCAGCAUGGACUCGUUGAUAGCUCGGCGGGCUUCGUUGUCAUGGGCCCCAAUGUGAGUCUGGCCUACUUGCUGGCCGACCACAACUAUGACGUUUGGCUGGGCAAUGCGCGUGGCAAUCGCUACUCCAGAAAUCACACAACUCUCGAUCCGGAUGCAUCCAAGUUCUGGGACUUCAGUUGGCAUGAAAUUGGCAUGUACGAUCUGCCAGCGAUGAUCGAUCAUGUGCUUAAGGUUACCGGCUAUAAGAAGCUGCAAUAUGCCGGCCAUUCCCAGGGCUGUACGGCCUUCUUUGUGAUGUGCUCGAUGCGGCCGGCGUACAACGAGAAGAUCAUCUCCAUGCAAGCCAUGGCUCCCGCUGUUUAUGCCAAAGAAACCGAAGAUCAUCCCUACAUACGUGCCAUGAGUUUGUAUUUCAAUAGUCUGGUGGGCAGCUCCAUAACAGAGAUGUUCAAUGGUGAAUUUCGAUUUCUUUGUCGCAUGACCGAAGAAACGGAGCGACUUUGUAUUGAAGCUGUUUUUGGCAUUGUGGGACGUAAUUGGAACGAGUUCAACAGGAAAAUGUUUCCCGUUGUAUUGGGCCACUAUCCCGCAGGCGUGGCUGCCAAGCAAGUCAAGCACUUUAUACAAAUUAUCAAAACUGGCCGAUUCGCACCCUAUAGCUACAGUUCGAACAAGAAUAUGGUCUUGUACAGGGAGCAUGUGCCGCCGCGUUACAAUCUGAGCCUGGUGACGGUGCCGACAUUUGUGUAUUAUUCGACCAACGAUCUGCUGUGUCAUCCGCACGAUGUAGAGGCCAUGUGCGAGGAUUUGGGCAAUGUGACGGGCAAGUAUCUGGUGCCGCUGAAGGAGUUCAAUCACAUGGACUUCCUCUGGGCAGUCGAUGUUCGAAAGCUGCUCUACAACCGUAUGCUGCAAGUGCUGGGCAAGCAGCCACAGGCCAAGGAUUUUGAGGGCGAGGCCAAGGGACUAAGGAUACGAGGUCGAGCAAUUGGCCAAAAUGCGGCCAGAUAG